UCUUGAAAACCAAGUGCGUUUGCUUAGUGUAAGCCAGUCAGUGAUUGGCUUUCCGAGGGCUAGCAGGCGUGACCGCUCAAAUAGUCGUGAAAAUGAUAUCAUUCGAUACGGGUGGAUAAGUUAGAUGAUAUGCGAGGAAGAAAACGGAGCCGAAUUAUUGUUUAGUGCAAACCGAUAAUCUGCAAAUAGUAUGCAAAUAGUGAAGAUGAUAGAUUUACGAUUGUCCCAUCGGCAGCGGAGAGGAUCAACGAUUUUCGGUGGCCGAUUGCCGGUGGAGCAACUUAGGAUUAGUGCAAUCAUUGUGAUUAUAGUCGUUGGCCUGAUCGGAAGCAGCGUCGCAGGACUGGUCGCUAAAGAUGGCAUAGUUGACCUGAUAGAGCAGUUCGACCUGCCUAGGCUUCCAUCGGGUGUAACGCCAGUGCCGGGCAUGUGCAAUGAAACCCGUAACGAUUACCAAACCUACCCGGCGUCAGCCUACAACCUGAAUCAGGAUACAGUGCUCAGCAUUGGAACGACCCAGGUGUUCCCAAAUGGCUUUCCAUCCGACUUCUCCAUCUUGGUCGUGCUCAAAGCCACACCCAAUCUUGUACGGGUUCCACUGUUCACGGUGUAUUCGUCUGAUUCGGAGGAAGUUUUGAUGCUGAUGGUUGGAAUGGAAGUUGCCCUGUAUUAUCAGGACACCGAUGGUAACCCGGAGGAGGAAAGCCUGAUCAGUUUUGGCGUCAACAUAGAUGAUGAACGAUGGCACCGGUUGGGAAUCAGUGUCAAAGGUGAUUCCGUAACACUGAUCAAAGAUUGUCACGAGCAGGUCACUCGUAGACUAAGACGACAAGCUGGUUCAGUCAUUGCCACGGACGGGUUGAUUUUAACAGGCGUUCAACUCAAUGAAGACGAAGGAUUUUUCACCGGAGAUCUUCAACUGUUCAUGUUUGCCGAUACUCCAGAUGAAGCAUUCCACAUCUGUACCAAAUAUGCACCCGACUGUUUGGGGGCGGGCCAUGGCUCUGCAACCGUAACAUCAAGCAUGCAUAGUUUUUCGAGUCCAAAGUACAUCGGGUCAGAACGGAUCUACAUCGUCGACGUCCAAGAGGACCACCAGGAGAGCCUGGUCCUAAGGGUGAACCCGGACGAGAUGGACUACCGGGGCAAGGUGGACCUCCUGGACAACCCUGGUCAUGUGUUCAUGAUUCCUCUGAGCCAAACCGCCAAUGAGAAAGGUCCCGAUUCGCAAGCGGAAGCAUUCCGUGCAAUGUUGUCUCAGCAUAUGAUGGCUAUGAGAGGUGCCGAUGGGCCUAUGGGAUUAACAGGAGUACCUGGUCCUGUUGGUCCUCCGGGACCAGAGGGUACAAAAGGAGAACCUGGAGAUAAUGGUGAACCUGGGUCCGCGAGGGCUUGCGAGGAGCACAUGGGACCACCUGGUCGUGAAGGUCGUCGAGGGCGAGCUGGAAGAGAUGGUGAACGAGGAGUUGUUGGCUUACAAGGUUCAAAGGGUGAGCCUGGCCCAGUUGGCUUACCGGGAAUGGUUGGUGAGAAGGGUGAGCGCGGUCGGCAUGGUAAUAUUGGCGAAAAGGGCGCACAAGGGCAUGAAGGAAUCCAAGGAGAAGAUGGACCUCCAGGUUUACCUGGUCUUCCCGGAGAAUUAGGUCCACGCGGUUUCGCAGGGCCUCGUGGUUUCCCAGGUCCAUCAGGUAAUCCAGGGAUUCCCGGAACAGAAGGUCUCCCGGGCGUUAAAGGAAACCCUGGUCCACAAGGUCAACCAGGAGCACCAGGUCAGACAGGUCCAGCUGGUCCGGUAGGACCUCCCGGACCACAAGGAAAUAUGGGUCCCCCAGGUAUCGCGGGCCCACACGGUAAGCCGGGUAUUCCAGGGCUGCCUGGAGCAGAUGGUGCACCAGGACGCGAAGGAAGCCCUGGCAUCGUUGGACCCAAAGGAGACAUUGGCUCACAAGGAGUGCAAGGUUCUAUUGGAUUUCCUGGCAAUCGCGGCCCAAAGGGUGACGAUGGAGAACGAGGUGGUCCUGGUGACAAAGGAGAUAAAGGUGAACGAGGCCAUGAUGGUGAGAAAGGAGACAUGGGCCCACCAGGUGAGAGAGGAUUGAUCGGCCUGCAAGGCACUGCGGGCAUUGAAGGACCGGAAGGGCCAAAGGGAUUUGAAGGACCUCGCGGAGAAACUGGGCACAUGGUUACCGGGCGAAAAGGUAAACAAGGUGUUCAAGGAUUUGCCGGGUAUCCUGGACCAACAGGCGAUAAGGGUGAUAAGGGGAUAGUCGGUAUUCCUGGUUUGGCUGGUGAUAAAGGCGAGAGGGGAAAUACUGGACUUCAAGGAGAGCGUGGAGAGGUCGGACCAAGAGGAUUCCGGGGAGCUCGUGGUAGACGAGGCGCUGAUGGUACACCGGGACCUAAGGGUGAUACCGGUCAACCAGGAUCGUCGGGACCGCAAGGAGAAAUGGGUCCUCAAGGUAUGGAAGGUCCUCGUGGUUUCAUAGGCCUUCCCGGCCCACAAGGCAACAACGGCAAAGAUGGUCCUCAAGGUACCCCAGGUGAACGUGGCCCUCCGGGAGAAAAUGGGAAUCCAGGCCCUACUGGUACCCCAGGUGUUAUCGGCCCUCAAGGACCAACAGGAGAACCAGGUCCAGUUGGUGAACCCGGAAUACCUGGAUUACCAGGAAUGCCAGGGGAACCCGGAGUUCCUGGCGAUAGCGGUAAAGAAGGUCAGGUUGGUCCACCAGGGCCACCCGGAAAAAAUGGUCCACCUGGUGGGCAAGGUCUACCAGGAUUUCCAGGUGAACGAGGAAUGAUGGGAAUGCCGGGUCUUCCUGGACUGAAAGGUGAAAUCGGAGUACCAGGUCUAGCAGGCCCGGUUGGAGAUAAGGGGCAACCAGGUGAACCAGGAAAAGAAGGUCCUCCUGGACCAGAAGGACGAGGAGGCCCACCAGGACCAACAGGACCAUCUGGUUUGAAAGGAGAACGAGGUGAAAUGGGACUGGUGGGACCAAUUGGUCGAGAUGGACUCCCCGGGCAACGUGGUUUAACAGGACCUCCAGGACCGCAGGGCUCGCCUGGCGAGGAUGGUGAUAAGGGAGAUAUUGGCCCUCCAGGAGAGAAAGGAUUCAAAGGAUCUCAGGGUGAAGCUGGUCCUGUUGGAUCGGCGGGUCCGCAAGGAGGCCGCGGAGAACCGGGUGCAAUCGGACCUCCUGGCGAAAAAGGACCACCAGGGGAAAUGGGCCGUGCUGUCAAAGGCGAAGACGGUCCAACAGGUCUUCCUGGCCCACCAGGUCCAGCAGGUGCCCAAGGAAUGCCUGGACCAUCCGGAAUCAAGGGAGAUCGUGGAGAUGACGGUCUUGUUGGACCUGCCGGAUCUAUUGGUCCUCCUGGAGAACCAGGUAGACGGGGUCCAAGAGGAGCUGAAGGUGCUCCCGGAGCCACUGGCCCAGCAGGGCCUCAAGGUACGAAAUUCAAUGAACCUGGUCCACAAGGACCUCCUGGUCCAGAUGGACCGGAAGGCAAGGAUGGUGAAAAAGGAUCAGUUGGACCAAAAGGUGAAGAAGGUAAAAGUGGUCCACCUGGACCUCCAGGAAAAAGAGGUCCAGCUGGACCAGAAGGACCAAAAGGUGUGGUUGGAUCUCCCGGCUUUCCGGGUAAUCCUGGAGAACCGGGUGUGAUUGGCCCUAAGGGUGAUACUGGAAAGGAUGGAGAAGAUGGAAAGCAAGGUGAACCGGGACAAACUGGCGAUCCGGGCCCACCAGGAAUACCUGGAGAAGUUGGACCUCCAGGAAAAAUGGGACCGGAAGGUCCGGCUGGAUUGCAAGGCUCUGUAGGUCCAUCUGGAGAGAAGGGAGACCGUGGAUUACCAGGUCCAAUUGGAAACCCAGGUCUAGUUGGUCCUCAAGGCAUGCCAGGAGCGCAAGGUCUACCAGGACUGCGAGGAUCGCCAGGUGCAUCUGGAGAAAUUGGACCUGUUGGAAAACCUGGAGAAUCAGGUCCUCCUGGAAAGAUUGGUGAAACUGGAUCGAAAGGCCAAAAGGGUGACCGUGGUCGUCGAGGUUUGAAAGGACAUAGAGGUGAACUAGGUAUGGUUGGAUUGAAAGGUGAUAGUGGUGAAAAAGGCGAUAAAGGUGUUAGAGGCAAUAGUGGCCCAGAUGGUCCGAAAGGACCCCCUGGACCGGUCGGUCCUCUUGGCUUGAAGGGCAAUGAUGGUCCACAAGGUCCGCCUGGUAAUGAAGGGCCGUUAGGUCCAAAAGGUUCAGAAGGUGUUGCUGGUUUGAAAGGUGAGGCAGGACCACCUGGACCUCCAGGUCCACCCGGUCCUCCAGCUGAAGCUCCCCUAAUUCCACCGGAGUUAUUGUUCAGGAUGAGUGAAUUCACUAUGACGAAAGGUGAAGAUCGAAUGAAGCGAGAGGCUGAAGAAAUUCCAGAAGAAGAAGAUGACUUUGACGAGGAACUUUUGAAGAUUGAGCCAAAGAAAAAGAAAAAGAAGAAGAAGAUCAAAGAUGAAAUGGGUCCAAAAUUUUUGGAUAUGUACAGCUCAAUCUACUCUAUGCGCCAAGAAUUGGAUCGAAUUAGGAAACCAGUAGGCACCAGAGAGAAUCCCGGCAGAACUUGCCGAGAUUUGCAUUAUGGACAUCCGCAGUUCAAGGAUGGUUGGUACUGGAUCGAUCCGAACUUGGGUAUGGCGGAUGAUGCCGUUUAUGUCUUCUGCAACAUGACAGCCGAAGGCGAAACAUGUGUUUUCCCAGAUUUGCACAGUUCUCAGAUGCCGAACAUUCCAUGGAGGAAGGAAAAUGAUAAGACCGAUUGGUAUUCAAACCUAAGAGGCGGCUUUAGGAUUUCAUAUGAAACAGUCGGUGUUGUACAGAUGACCUUCUUGCGAUUACUCUCCGAAGGUGCAUAUCAGAACUUCACGUAUACCUGUAUGAACAGUGUCGCCUGGUACAGCAAUCAAGAGGAAAACCAUGACGAUGCGAUUCGCUUCCUCGGUGACAACGAGAUCGAUAUUGGUUACGAAAACUCCAAAUUGCGACCAAAUGUCCUGGUGGAUGGUUGCAAAUCUGGCAAAAGCAAAAGCGAGACAAUUUUUGAAAUUCGUACAACUAAACUGCAAUAUCUUCCGAUCAUUGAUUUCUACCCGGUGGAUUAUGGACAACCACAACAAGCGUUCGGUUUCCAAGUAGGACCCGUAUGCUUCAAAUAGUUUUGGAAAGAUGGCUACCGAGACAAAUUGCUUCAAAGAAUUAUAGGAUAUGAUUUAUGGAACACGCUAGGGAUGACGCUAGAAUUUUUUGCAUUUUGCGAGAAGUAUUCCUAUGAUAUGUAAGAUACGUACUAGUGGUAAGAAAUAGGCGAUAAUUAGCAAUGCACACACAAACUAGCAUAAUACAAAGGGGAACUAGGCUAAGCUUAGGUAAGAACGUAACUACAAAGGACUGAACAACAUCAUAAGUCAGGAGGGGAAUCUACCAUCAAACAUCCAUGACUUAGUUGUAAAAUUAGGUUGAAUAUAUACUUAAGGACGCACACAUUCAUUCCGCAUUCAUCACAACGCAAAAAGAUCCCAAAUCACUGCCAAAUAUCUGAUUUGUGAAUUGUAGGAGAAAUAUAUCGUCGAUUGUUUGAGCAAA